AUGUUUUGUCAUAUUUGUGGUGCGGAGACACCAGAUCGCUCUAACUUCUGCUGGAAAUGUGGUGCUUCUGUGAAAAGCGAGAAAGCAGAAGAGGACAAAAAGAAACCCGUAAGUUUCAAUGCAUUUAAAAAGAGAAAAGAAGAAAGAUCUUCUAGAUUUCAACCGAAAAAAAAGUUAAAGUCAGAAAGCAGUGACAAAAACAAGUGAGCAUCAACGUUGGGUAUAUGAAGUUCGAAGAUGACAAAUUUAAAAAGUGUAGAGGACGAACGCUUCCUGUCAAAGUACCAGUGACUGCAGAUCGAAAAACAAUUUUGGAAAGAAGCGUUCGUAAACACGCAAACCACUUUAAAGACGUCCAUGAGAACCUAGAAUACACACUCAUUUACCCAGAUAACAGCAAAAUGGUGCAUCUACCAGGAACAACUGAACAAUUCGUCCUUAAUAAAUACAGGGAAGACGUUGGAAGGAAAUAUAACCGUAUUACUAUUUUCAUCGCGACCAAAACAGAUUACAUCAACUAUCAUCUAUUUAAAAUUGGUGAGAGCCUUGAAGCGGAAUCAUCUGACAAUAACCAUGGCAGUGAAGACGAUGAUGAUCGAAUAAUCGACGAAACCGUGAACAACGCACAUUCCUUUCAACAUGACCGGAGAUUGAGACAAGCCAAAUCGAAACAAACGACAUUGGAGCAAGUGAGCGGACCAAGUACUAGUAGUACAUUACCAAGUACUCAUGGUGAUGAACAAAGACCAGAUACAAGUAGUACAUUGCCAAGUACUCAUGAUGGUGAUGAACAAAGACAAUCCUCUGUUGAACAUUACAUUGAAUGUCCAUCAUGCUUCAAAAUUUUCCCGAUUAAUGAAAUUGUGGAGCAUGCUGAUAAAUGUGUGGACAUCUGGAUUGGUGAGGUACAAGUAGAAGACAGUGAAAAUGAAAGUGAAACGGACACUGAUCUUCCUGAUCCUGGAUUUAUUGAUGCGGAACCAGCAGAUACCAGCCUGAAGAAUGUUGCCCAGCAGUUGGCAGAUGUACAUGUCAAGAAGGAACAACCCAAAAGAGUAAAUGUUCGCAGAAAACACUUAUGGAUGGAUUUCAAACAAGCCAAAGAGAAAUGGAACCUUACUGCAAAUACUCCAAUUCGAAUUGUUUUCCUAGGUGAACCUGCAGUAGAUCAUGGAGGGCCAAAAAGGGAAUUCUUUUCAG